UUGUUGCUUUAAUUUGUUGCUUUUAUAUGCUCACUGAGGCUGCAUUUAUUUGAAAAAUACAGUGAAAACAGCAGUACUGUGAAAUAUAAUUUCAAUUUAUAGUGACCGUUUUCUAUUUCAAUACAUUUUAAAAUGUAUUUUAUUCCUGUGAUGUGUUACUCCAGUCUUCAGUGUAUCAUCAAUGUGAGAAACAGUUGAUUAAUAUUAUGGGGAAACCAUAUAUUUUUUCUUUUUUUUUUUUCUUUUUUUUUUGACUGAAUGAAUGAAUAAAAAGUUCAAAAGAACAGCAUUUCUUACAAUUUUAAGUUGAAAACAAAUUCGCUUUCAUGUGCUCUUUAAUUCCUUGAUUGUAUAAUUGCAAAAAAAAGACCACUGCAGAUGUACUUUACAUAUUAAGUAGUAUUGUGAGAUUGUGUAAGCUGAAGAGAGCCAUCAAAUCAUGUAAAAGAUUAAUCAAACCUUUGCUUUUGGGCCACAACAUAAAAAGUAAAUCUCCUGCAAAAAAAAAAAAAAGACCUGUGCUUUGUGCUUCAAGUAUGUGUGUCUGAGCAGAAAAUUGUAUACCAAAUAUUUGUGCACUUUCAUGUAAAUAAUGUGUAUAACGUCCCUGUCCAAUCUGUCCACCAGAAACCUCCACUGUAAUUAAAGUCUUUUAUUAUAGAAAAUUAGAGUGUGUGAUCUUUAUAUAGCAGCUAAUUAACAGGGAACCAGUCCUCACUAAUGAGACCCCAGGAAAGUAAGCACCCAACAGAAUUUAAAAAAUCACCAAGUUACACUGAAUAUAUAGGAAAUGCAUAGGGUCAAGCUGAGGUCAAUAAGGGUGAUAGUGUGAUUGUUACUCCAAAACUUCAGACCAAAAUUUGAUUGGCAUGAUUACAUGAAAACAUACAGCUAGAAUAUGGUAUUGUUAAGAUUUGGUUGUGUUGGACCAAGAAAUGUCAUCAAAAUGUGACUGUCCCAAUGUUGUUAUUAACUAAAACUAAAACUAUUAGAAAAUUGCUUUCAGUUUAUUGUAAUUAAUUGUUUAAAUUAGAUAAAUCUAAAACAAAAUUUAAAUAUUAGAUGAAAAACAAAAAAAAAAAAAAAAAAAAAGAAAAAAGAAAAAGAAACUAAAAUAAUAAUGUCUGUGUAAUGAUGGGUCGAAUGCGUGAGGAUCCAUUUGCAGCUUGUUUAUUAAAAGUACUUACAGAGUAGACAGGGCAAAGGCAGAGACACAAACAGGGACAGGCAAUGGUCGAGGCAGGCAGCAGACAAACUGUAUCGGGUCACAGGCGGAGAUCAGGGCAGGCAGCAAACAAUCACAGUCCAGUACACAGGCAAGGUUCAGGGCAGGCAGCAGAGAAUCACAACGAAUAAACAAUCCAACGGUAACAGGGUAAACAGUCCACAAGAAAACGCUCAGAGUUGAUCACCGGGGCAAAUCAAGACUUCGCAAAGGGUGUGUGUGUGUGUGUGUCUUAAAUAGUCCAGGUAAUGAUCUGCAGGUGUGUGUGGCAAUUGGUGAUUGGUGCAUGUGAUUGGAAGGGAGGAUUAUGGGAAGUGGAGUCCAGGAACUGACAGGAACAGACAGUGAUCGUGACAUAACGCCCCCCUUCCGGAAGGCGCGUCCUCGCGGCGUAAAUGGCACAGAUAGGGAGGGGGGGUGGGUACAUUGGAGACCUGCUGGCAGACGGGAACGGGGUCUCCAAUGCAGGUCCAGGAACUCGGGCAGCCACGGCGGGUCAGGUGCCACGGGCAGCCACGGCGGGUCAGGUGCCACGGGCAGCCACGGCGGGUCAGGUGCCACGGGCAGCCACGGCGGGUCAGGUGCCACGGGCAGCCACGGCGGGUCAGGUGCCACGGGCAGCCACGGCGGGUCAGGUGCCACGGGCAGCCACGGCGGGUCAGGUGGCUUGGGCGCCCACGGCAGGUCAGGGUCCGUAGCCGGCCACAGCAGUUCACAGGCGGUUGAAGACCGUGGGCGUGUAAGGUCCCCACCCGCAAGCUCAAGCAAUUCGGAGGCCGCUGAUGAUCGCGGCCGUGCAGGGUCCCCACCCACAAGCUCCCCACCCUCAGGUAUAUGGCCCCCCCCCAAAAAGUUCUUGGGGAAUUCAACGGAGGCCGUGGCGGUUUCGUGGGUAAGGAGCUCGGGUGGCGCCGGCAGGGCGAGGAGCUCGGGUGGCGCCGGCAGGGCGAGGAGCUCGGGUGGCGCCGGCAGGGCGAGGAGCUCGGGUGGCGCCGGCAGGGCGAGGAGCUCGGGUGGCGCCGGCAGGGCGAGGAGCUCGGGUGGCGCCGGCAGGGCGAGGAGCUCGGGUGGCGCCGGCAGGGCGAGGAGCUCGGCGACGGCCUCCGUGGCCGUAUCAGGAAGAGCGGGCUGCUCUGGGACGGCAGCGGACUGCUCUGGGACGGCAGCGGACUGCUCUGGGACGGCAGCGGACUGCUCUGGGACGGCAGCGGACUGCUCUGGGACGGCAGCGGACUGCUCUGGGACGGCCUCCGGGCUUACAACGGGCUCUGGGACGGCCUCCGGGCCUACAGCGGGCUCUGGGAAGGCCUCCGGGCCUACAGCGGGCUCUGGGAAGGCCUCCGGGCCUACAGCGGGCUCUGGGAAGGCCUCCGGGCCUACAGCGGGCUCUGGGAAGGCCUCCGGGCCUACAGCGGGCUCUGGGAAGGCCUCCGGGCCUACAGCGGGCUCUGGGAAGGCCUCCGGGCCUACAGCGGGCUCUGGGAAGGCCUCCGGGCCUACAGCGGGCUCUGGGAAGGCCUCCGGGCCUACAGCGGGCUCUGGGAAGGCCUCCGGGCCUACAGCGGGCUCUGGGAAGGCCUCCGGGCCUUGAGGGAUGGAGGAAGCCUUCUUCCUCCUCCUCCUCCUCCUCCGUUUACAUGGUUGAGGCGGUGGCUCUAUGCCUACCUCCUCUGAGGGCGCUGCAGCGGGCUCACGGGUUGGAGCGGACUCGCGGACUGGAGCUGGUUCUGGAGUGGACUCACUGGCUGGAACGACCCCUAUGUUCCCAGACACUGGCGGGGCGGCCAUCUUGCCCGUGGGCACUGGCAAAGCGGCCAUCUUGUCCAUAGCAUCCAGAGAAUUUGAGUGCGUGGCAACCGGCGAGCUUGAGUGCGUGGCAACCGGCGAGCUUGAGUGCGUGGCAACCGGCGAGCUUGAGUGCGUGGCAACCGGCGAGCUUGAGUGCGUGGCAACCGGCGAGCUUGAGUGCGUGGCAACCGGCGAGCUUGAGUGCGUGGCAACCGGCGAGCUUGAGUGCGUGGCAACCGGCGAGCUUGAGUGCGUGGCAACCGGCGAGCUUGAGUGCGUGGCAACCGGCGAGCUUGAGUGCGUGGCAACCGGCGAGCUUGAGUGCGUGGCAACCGGCGAGCUUGAGUGCGUGGCAACCGGCGAGCUUGAGUGUGAAGCGGCCGGCGGAGGCUUAGGAAUGCCAGCCGCUCGUACUGAAGUCAGCGCUGGAUCAGCCACACUGGAACGCAACCCACUCCGCUCCCAAACAGAUCCAGAGACGUGAUGUAAUUCUAGAGGAUCAACGGAGACUUGACUUGGCUCUGGAAGAUCAGCGGAGACAUGAUGUGAUGAUGUUGUGGCCGCCAUUUUGUGCAGGCUCUCUUUAGAGGCAGCCAUUACAUGGGGGGACGAGGUGUCGCGUUCCUCCGCGACACCCACAGUAAAAAGUGAACCAACAGUAAGCAGGGCAAAGUCCAGAAAUUCCACAAACGACCCUCGGGGACCAUUAAUAAGUAAGUAGUCCUUCAAUGGUUCGUUUAAUCCAUAGCCAAAGAAGUCAAUGAGGGCACAGUCAGGCAGGUCAGAGAAAUAGGCAAUGUCUAAAAACUUCUGAAUGUGGUCCUCGAGUGUACAAUUACCUUGCCGAAGGCGGACGAGACGUAUUGCUGGGUCCAUGCUAAGGCUGGAAGCGCUCGUAGAAGCUGCUGGAUCGUUUGAUGGCGAAGUCUUCUGUAAUGAUGGGUCGAAUGCGUGAGGAUCCAUUUGCAGCUUGUUUAUUAAAAGUACUUACAGAGUAGACAGGGCAAAGGCAGAGACACAAACAGGGACAGGCAAUGGUCGAGGCAGGCAGCAGACAAACUGUAUCGGGUCACAGGCGGAGAUCAGGGCAGGCAGCAAACAAUCACAGUCCAGUACACAGGCAAGGUUCAGGGCAGGCAGCAGAGAAUCACAACGAAUAAACAAUCCAACGGUAACAGGGUAAACAGUCCACAAGAAAACGCUCAGAGUUGAUCACCGGGGCAAAUCAAGACUUCGCAAAGGGUGUGUGUGUGUGUGUGUCUUAAAUAGUCCAGGUAAUGAUCUGCAGGUGUGUGUGGCAAUUGGUGAUUGGUGCAUGUGAUUGGAAGGGAGGAUUAUGGGAAGUGGAGUCCAGGAACUGACAGGAACAGACAGUGAUCGU